AUGACAUCUUUAGCUCUAAAAGAUUUACACGACACUAUAGAACAAUACCUUGAUAAUAUUCAAUCAACUGGCAAAAGUGAUCUUCAACCAGUAAUCUUGUCCUCAUGUCUUUUUCAGAGUGAGAUUCACGAGUUAACACGCUGCUUACAGGAGCGGAAUAUACAUAUUGAGCAUGAACGAAGGAGUGGUAACUUAAAGUAUUUAUAAUUGAGUAUGAUCAAAAUGACAAAAAGUAAUUGCAAAAA